GAGCCCUGAAGUCCAUCAUGAAGAAGCGGGAUGGUGCCCCCAGGAGCGAGGCCAAAGGCAGCAAGAAGAGCCUGCAGUUUGUGGGCGUGCUGAACGGGGAGUAUUAGAGCACAUCCAGUGAGGAGGAGGAGGAGGGAGACAGCUCCUCUGAGAAGGCUUCAGCUGACAGCUCCGACAGUGAUGAGCAAGAGGACACUGAAAGCUCAGAGGAAGAAGCUGGGGAAGGGGAGUGUGAGCCAGGACAGGAGCACGAGGGGGACAGUGUGACCCCGCUGGAGCCCACUGAGGUGAAGGAGAAGUUUGAGCUGAGCCCCAGGAUGCGGGAGGCCUGCCUCAUCGUCAAGACCCACCUGGGCCACCCCGGGGCCACCAAGAGCAAAGAGGUGCUUGCCAGCAGCAGCCUGGUCCUGCAGGUGCAGAAGUCCUCUGUGCCCGACAUGGUGGCCAACCACCUCCUGGCCUUUGCUGAGGUGUCACCAGCUCUCCUGGCCCACGUGGUGAACCUGGCAGAUGGGAAUGGCAACACAGCCCUGCACUACAGCGUCUCCCACUCCAACUUCCACAUCGUGCAGCUGCUGCUGGACACAGGGGUCUGUAACGUGGACCACCAGAACAAAGCUGGCUACACAGCCCUCAUGCUGGCAGCACUGGCGGCCGUCGAGCAGGAAGAUGACAUGAACAUGGUCAGGAGGCUCUUCAGCAUGGGCAACGUCAACGCCAAGGCCAGCCAGGCCGGGCAGACAGCGCUGAUGCUGGCUGUGAGCCAUGGCCGGCAGGAGAUGGUGGAGGCUCUGCUUGCCUGUGGAGCUGAUGUGAACCUGCAGGACGAGGAGGGCUCCACGGCGCUCAUGUGUGCCUGUGAGCACGGGCGUGUGGAGACCGUGAAGCUGCUGCUGGCUCAGCCCACCUGCAACGUCUCCAUCGUGGACAGUGAUGGGAACAACGCCGUUGCCAUCGCGCUGGAGGCUGGUCACAGCAACAUCGCUGUGCUCCUCUAUGCCCAUCUCAACCUCCUGGCAGCUCUGGGGAAGAGUAGAGCUGGUGACAAGGAGCAGAGCUCCUGGACCCUGCUGUGCUACACGGUGCCAGGGGGAAGACACAAACCCACUGGACCAAGCAGGAUCCUAGCACCAGAUGUAGCCCUUUACUACCCUUGGUUCUCCCUGGCGCUCCGCUAUUAA